AUGCCCAAGGCAAAGGACAAGUCUACCAUGGACCUCACCUGUCAAAACUUCAACGAAUCCCCUCUUGAAGCCCAGUCUCGCAAAGAUGCCGAUUUUGAAAGCAUUGAAGCCAAACUGCCAAAACGCUGGAGCAGGACCGAGAUGUUCUUCAUCGACAAAGGCACCAGUUUCUUGGGUUCGAAGAACCCCUUCGGCAGAAAAGCGUGCCCUAAGGACAACAUAGUAUGGCUCCUGGACAACACAGCAUACAAACCGAUCAAGCCUGGAGACGAGUGUGAGCAGCCUUGGCAAGCCGAGUUCGUGGCCUGCUUCUUCCGUGAAGGGCGCAAGGACUUGACCAAAUAUGUUUGUGCCAUUGCCGACCUGGUUGGGUUGGAUGGCAAAGCCGGCGAUGAUGCGGCGGCCAGAAAGAGGAUCGAGGAACGAGUGAAGCCCUUUGUCAUGGCCAUUUCUCCAGCCCGCACAAUUCAGAUCAAGAUUCCCAGCCCAUGUGACACCGGAAUCCCUCACAAGCGUGUUCUUGGGCCUUCCAACCCCAAUGGAAUCAGCAGUCAGACCUUGCUCACCGGUGGUGCCAAUGAUGCUGACGGAAAGACGGUGGUCUGCACAAGCGACGACGACACCUUCCCAGGCUUGAAAUCCAAAACACGAUUUGUCGGUCCCGAAGGUUGGGGUAUCAUUUCGGAUAUCGAUGACACGGUGAAAGUGACCAUGACUCCCAGUCCUACCGGUAUCCUGCACUCCACCUUUGCCGAUGUCCCCCGGACUACACCAGGAAUGCCGGAAUUCUACAAGGUUCUUAACGAGUCUUUCAAAUCUCCCGCUUGGUUCUACCUGUCAGCCUCUCCAUACAAUCUGUAUCCCUUCCUCCACGACUUCCUCGACGCCAACUACCCGCAAGGAACAAUUAUCCUGCGAGAUGCCUCCUGGAUGUAUUUGGGCGGCCUCUUGCAAUCUCUCACCCAAGGCGUAAAGGAGUACAAGACCGAUCGCAUCGAAAAGAUUCAAUCCUGGCUUCCGAACCGCAAGUUCGUCUGCAUCGGCGAUUCAACACAGUCGGACCCGGAGGCGUACGCCGCCAUGUAUGCCAAAUAUCCUGACUGGAUCAAGGCAAUCUAUAUUCGGAAGGUUACUGAAGCCCCUCACAUGGAAAACAAGAACAAGAACCAAAGGUUCAUCGACGCGUUCAAGGAUGUUCCGGAUCAGGUGUGGAGGGUGUUCGUGGACCCGAAAGAAUUGGCAGAUCACAUCAAACAUGUGGCCGGCACUGCGCAUGCGGGUGUGGUUGGCAAUGUGCUCAGUCUAUAG